UUUCUUUCUCCUAUUGUCAGAGAACCUGCUCAAGUAUGUCACGACCAUGGUGUGUGUGGCCGUGGACGGGAAACCUGUCAUAGGCGUGAUCCACAAACCUUUCACAGGAUACACAGCUUGGGCCUUGGUUGGUCAUGGGUCUAACAUGAAGCCUCGCACCACCUACAACAUGAACCCCCCCAAGGUCAUCGUGUCCCGGUCGCACGCCGGGAAGGUGAAGGGYUUCAUCGAGGAGGCCUUCGGCAACACUACAGUUAUUCUCCCAGCAGGGGGCGCAGGCUAUAAGGUGUUGGCUCUGCUGGACCCCCUUGAUGAGGACAUUGAGAAGGCUGACGUGUACAUCCACGUCACCUUCAUCAAGAAGUGGGACAUCUGCGCCGGCAACGCCCUGCUUACGGCCCUAGGAGGUCACAUGACUACGCUGAAGGGCGAGGAGAUAGACUACUCGGGGGCCGCGGGCAACAGGGAGGGUCUGCUGGCCAGCGUCAAGGUGGACCACCAAGACCUGGUGGCCAAAUUGCCGGCAUGGGACUCCUCUGACAAACACUGAGGAACACACACACACACAGAUAUUUACACACACACACAGCCAUAUAUACACACACACGCGCACACACACACACACACACACACACACACAGAUGAUCAGAGACAAAUGGACAAGAUGACCGACCAUAAGCCUUGAAGACCUAACAAGCACAGAUGAGAGGACAACACGAUCUGGGACAAGACAAUAAUGCAAUAUAUUACAAAGCCCGCCAGUUUCCUUCAAACUCCUUUCACCAUUUUUUAAUGUUUGUUAUGCUAGAUAGGUUAACCGUUUGAGGGGAUAAAUUGUUUAACUAUAGUUUAACACCUGCGGGGUUUUGGCUGCUGCAAUGCGAAUCGAGUUUGAUUAUUGAAAUGGUAGUUUGAGUGGAUCUUUCCUUUUAAAAAAACAAACAUUUUCUUUAUUUUUCUAAGUAGUCCGCUUGAUACUGUCCCAACGUGAAAAUCCUACAUCUUGGAAAACUUAACUGCUGACAUGCAAGACAUUUYGGGAUUGUACAGUGGACUAAUGGAAAAAAUACUAAAAGAUUGUUUGAGUGGAUUUGUCCUUUAAUGCAUGGUACUUCCUUCAGAUUCACAUUCAUUUGAUUGUUCUGUAUGCAUGUGAAGGUACAGUUUACUUAUUUUUUCAUGAAUAUCGUCAGAGUUCACUUUGUAUCGCAGUCUCCUUCGCCUCCACCUUUUGGAAAAAGGCUAUACAGUGUGUUAAAUCCAUAUGUGGCUUAUUUAGUCAAUGCAUUUGUAAGAAAGUCUAGUCUACUAGAAACCAUGCUUUUGUAGGUAUGUUAAGUGGAAAUACUUAUUAGCUAAACAUGCUAAUUUAGCAACAAUAUAUUGGAGAUCUUUGGUAAUGAUUUAGAUUGUCAACAGAACCCCCCUACUGUAUCUUGACAUUCAGAAUAGACCAUUCAUACAUGGAUAUCCCUUCGCUAACACUGUGAAUACUAACUGUAUUGUCCAACUGUGCUUUCUCGAAAGGACUAUUUUUGUGCAGUAUGUGCAUAUGUUGUGUGUCUGAACUGGAUGUGAUUGCUAAGCCUGUGCAUAUAGCUGUAAUGUAGCUGUGUCUCUCAAACUCCCCUCUUGUGUUUUAAAUUAAAUGGUGGUGUGCAUGACAUCAGUGA